CUUUUAUUUUUAAAAUAUACAUUAUGGCAGACGUCUAAACAUAAAGAGCCUUUUAAAAACAAGAAGGCAUCUUUUAAAAUUCUAAAAAACUAUUGGCGAAGAAAACCUCUAAGGGAGUAAGAUAUUGGAAGGAAGUUGGACUUGGAUUCAAAGUACCUAAAGAAGCUAUUGAAGGACAUUAUAUUGAUAAAAAAUGUCCAUUUACUGGAAAUGUUAGUGUCAGAGGAGCAAUUCUAAAGUACAUAUUAAAAAUAGUUUAAUUUUAGAGGUAUAGUGAUCUCAACGAAAAUGACCAGAACAAUUAUUAUAAGAAGAGAUUAUUUACACUAUGUUGCCAAAUAUAAUAGAUAUGAAAAAAGACAUAGAAAUGUUCCAGUUCACAUUUCCCCUGCAUUUGGCCCAGUUAAGGAAGGUGAUAUCGUUGUAUGCGGAUAAUGCAGGUAUUGUAAUUGUAAUUGAUAGACCAUUGUCAAAAACUGUGAGAUUCAAUGUUUUGAAAGUUAUCCCAAAUGAAAUCAUAGGUAAUGUUAGAAAGCAAUUUGUUCUAUUUUGAUUCAAUAACAUCAUAUUCAAGUACAUUAUAUAAAG